GUACAUACAUAUGGAAUGUUCUUUCUUUUUCUUUUCUUUUGGCUGAUUACCAUAUGAUGACAAGUGUCAAAUAUGAAUGGGGUGAUCAUUGCGCCAAAAUCAAAAGUUUUUUGUGAAUUGUGCGAGACGGUUGUUUUUUGCGUUUUUUGCGAUUUCGUACGUUUUUCUGUAUUUUUUAAAUUUUAAUAAAAAUGCCAAAAAUUAGGAAGUGUCGUGUUCGGGAUUGUGAAAGUACCAGCGGGGUACUCCGGUUGUUUCGGUUUCCAAAUGAAAGGGAGCUGGCUGCAAAGUGGAAGGAGAAUUUACAGAUUCUGCCCACUGACCACUUUUCAGCCAGUAACACUUUCAUUUGCGAAAAACAUUUCGCGAAAGAGGCGAUCGGGCAGAGGAUGCUGCGGAAGAACGCGAUCCCCACUUUAUGUCUGGGCAUUGAGGGGAGCCCAGCCCAACAAUAUGUGGCAGCAAAAUUGUAUCGCAGUUGCUGCGUUAGCAACUGCACGGGAUGGGAGUCCCGGAAGCUCUUCGAAUUUCCGAAAACGGAAGUUGCUGCCAACAAUUGGGCUCGGGCCUGCAAUUUACAAUUGCCAUUACAAAAAAAUAAACGAUUAUUUGUAUGCGAACGUCAUUUCUAUAAGAAAGACGUUUCGGCAAAGCGAGUUUUGCACGAAGUUGUGCCGGCACUAAAUAUUAAAGAAAAUGAUGAUAAUAGCGAUAUAUCAUCAGAAUGGGUUUUGCCGGCGGUAGUAAAAAGCUAUAAUAUAAAAAAUGAAAAAGCGGCUUCACCCUCUAGUUUUACUUUUUCCGAAAUGGAAAAGAUGACAAAACUAUGCGAAAUCGAUAUGAAAUGUGAAAGUAGUGAAGAGAUCACUACUUUUGAUCAUGAGCAUUAUGCUCGAGUAGCCAGAGGCUACCAAAAAAAUGCGCUGAAGCAAAGCCAAACCAUAGCGCAAUUAAAAAAACAAAUUUAUGAUUUACAAAAAAAAUGUGAAGCUUUAGAAAAAAGCAUUGUAAUACCCAGCGGUGCAAGCGAAUACGCAAUAACAUUCGCUAGAAUGAUUCUUAAAAAUAAAACCUCCUAUGACGAAAAGGAGAAGAUAAUGGCAUUGAACAUAAAUUAUAUGUCAACAAAAGCCUAUAAUUUCAUGCGCGAUGACCUCUCAUUUGCAUUACCGCAUAAAAAAACGCUUUUGCGUUGGCGGCCGAUCCGGUCUGUGUCCCCCGGUAUCGAUGAGAAGGUAUUAAACAAUUUAGAGAAAAUUGUGCGCAAUAUGAAAAGAGAAGAGCGCAUUUGCCAAAUAAUUUUCGACGAAGUCUCAAUUAAAAAAGAUCUGACGUACAAUAAAGUACGGGACGUUAUAGAUGGCUUCGUCGAUAACGGAGAAGGUCACCGAGAAAGUGUGAUCGGCAAUAAGUGCUGUUUUUUCAUGGUAAAAGGCUUAGUGUCCAAAUGGAAAUAUAUAGUUUCCUACUACGUAGCCAAGGAAGGCGUAAAAAGUGUGCAAUUAGAGAAAUUGCUAAAGAACAAUAUUGAUGCCUGCGAGAACAUCGGGCUCAAUAUAAAAUCAGUAGUAUGCGACCAGGGCGGUCAAAAUAUGAAGUUGAAAGGAUUAUUGGGCGCAACUUCAGACCAGCCAUAUUUCUUUUAUAAGGAAAAGAAAAUUUAUUUUAUGUUUGAUUACUGCCAUUUAAUUAAAUGCAUCCGCAAUAUGUUUUUGAAAUACGACUUGGAAACAAGUGAUGGCAUAGCAACAUCCGCUGUUGUGAAACAGAUAUAUGCCAUAGACCAAGCGAAUGUCAAUUUUAAAAUGUGCCCAAAAUUGACCUAUUCUCACGUGUACCCGGGCUGUUUUGAAAAAAUGUCUGUGUCCAGAGCCACACAGUUACUCAGCAAUUCGGUAGCCGCCGCUAUAGAAAUGGCUACCAGUCAAAAUCUUUUGGGCUCCGAUGAGCAAUCCAAAGCACGAGCCAAGGCAACCCAAUCAUUCGUAAAAAAAAUGAACGAUCUAUUUGAUGAAUUGGAUUGCAAAACGCUCCACAAUGCGAAUCCAAUAAGGCGACCAAUACAGAGAGAUUGUAUUGAAAAAAUCAAUAGAUUGAAAAAAUAUAUCGCAUAUAUAGCUGCCAUUAAGAGUCCACAUAUCAAUAUCAUGUGCCUCGACUCUACCAAAUUAACUAUUACCGCAAUGAUCGGAAUAAGCGAAGACAUUUUUAAAGAAAACGAUACGAUAUCGUUUAUACUCUUAGGGAAAAUGAACCAAGACGCGCUUGAAAACUUUUUUUAUAAAAUCCGGGCAAAUUUGGGGAUCAACAGUCACCCAUCAGCACACGAAAUACAGUACAUAGUAGCGAGACUAAUCUCUAUGCAUGUGCUACGUCGGCAAUUCUCACAUACAGGGAGCAAUUGUGAAGAAGAUGACGACAUAAACCUUGACUGGAAUUAUGGCCAAGAAGACGACUUGAAAGAAAAUUUACAACCAGCAGAGCAACUUGCCGUGGAACAAAUAGAGAUUCCAGACGAGCACUUUGCUUCUGCUGAAAAACCAGCAGAAACUCAGGUACGUCGAUACUACACAGGAUACGCCAUUUACCAGAAGGUUUUAUGCCGGUUAAAAUGCCAGAAAUGUGUUGCUGUUAUGAAGAAUACGACGGGCUCACUGGAAGACUCAUCGGAAGCCCUUAUAAGGUCAAAAAAUUAUAAAAGUCCCGACGACCUAAGAUUGGUAAAUCCCGAUGAUAGAGUUUUUGAAGUAUGCCGGCUUCAAUUUAAUUACUACAAGGAGCUAUUCGCAAAACACGCGGCCAAAGUGGGUAUCAAAUCAUUGAUGAUAGCUCAAAUUACGAAAAAGACACAGGAGAUUUAUCCGCAAUGGUAUGAGGAGGCAGGGGAAUGCCUAGGACACAGGCACACAUUCCUCGAUUUUUUGAUAACUGUUUUGCUAUACAAAAACAGUAAGUGGCUGGCUCUUCAAACCGCAGAACAGUGUAAAAAAGUCGCCAAAGCCAGCGCAUACCAAAAGAAAUUAAAAAAAUUGACAACGUAAAUUGCAGGUCGGGCUCAAAAAAUAGCGGCAACUUCUGUUUUUUUAUAGAUUAUAUUCCUAUACAUAUAUUAAUUAUUAUUAUUUUUUUCUUUCAGGGUAGUCAGUAGUAAUUUAUUUAUGUACAUAUAUGAUAUUAGAUGUAAAUUUUAAUAUUAGUUUUAGUUUGUAGUAAAUUAGUAUUAUAGUUUGUAGUUUAGUUGAUUAGAAAACACGAGCCAAGUUUCUAUAAAAUUAGAUUUAAUUAUGUUAAAUCGAGUUUUAUAAAACUGGUGAAAAUGAAAAAGACCUUUUCUUCAUUGAUUAGGUUGUGCGAGAAUUUGCCAUAUGUUGGUAGGCAAUUCUAAAAAUCGU